AUGAAAAGUUUUAUAGGCGUAACUGUUCAUUUUGGAAUAGAAAUUGAACUCACUUCAGUUACUCUCGGCGUGUACGAACUCGAUGAAAGACAUAAGUCACAAUAUAUUUCUGAAAUGCUUUUAAAAAAAACUUGUGCAGAAUGGGGUAUUAAAAAAGAUAAUGUGACGGCUGUUGUAACCGAUAAUGCUGCCAAUAUCGUGAAAGCUGUAGAAUUGACGUUUGGUAAGAAGAAACACAUUCCAUGUUUGGCUCAUACGUUAAAUUUGGUGGCUGAGGGCACAAUGGCAUGUACUGAGUGGCAAAAAAUUGUUACUAAAAUUAAAUCAAUUGUGACUUGGUUCAAACAAAGUUGCGUUGCUAGUGACGAAUUGCGCAAAGCUACUUCUACUGAGACUAAACUUAUACAAAGCGUACCGACGAGCUGGAAUAGUACUUACUACAUGGUACAAAGAUUUUUAGAACUGCGGAGUGUCAUAAAUGAUAUUCUUUUUCGACACGCCACCGCACCCCCAAUGCUCAGCAGUUCAGAAAUAACCAUUGCCUCAUCCGUCCUCCUGAUAUUGCGGCCUUUGGAGGUAGCCACAAAAGAAAUUUCUGCAGAUAAAUAUUGCACAACCAGCAAAAUUAUACCUUUAGUCCGCUGCAUAUUUUCCAAAAUUACUUCAGCAGGUAUCGCAGGAGAACCUGUGGCACGAGAAGUGCAAAAACUGGCUCUGCAAGAAAUUACGAAAAGAAUGGGUUCCAUUGAACAUGUAACUCCUCUUGCUAUAGCAAACAUUUUAGACCCACGUUUUAAAAAAAAUCACUUUAACGAUGCAACAGUAGCAAUGCUGUAUCGAAAAUCAAAAAUUUAA